AGCCAUCCGAACUUAUCAACAACAAAAACAGCAGCCAUCCAAACCCAAAAAGCGAAAGAUAUUCAGAGAAUGAAUCCUUGGACCAAGCUUAUGAUGAUGGUGUUCAACAGCAUGGCCGUUUCUUGUCUGGUUUUGAUGAUCUGCCACUGCGCUACUGGGAGCAAUGCAGCAGCUAUCUCGUGCGACGACGUGACGCACAGUGCGAAGCCAUGCCUGGAUUACGCGAGAGGCAACGGCGACGAGAAGACUGUCCCGCCCAAGUGCUGCAACGGGAUGCGAACCCUUUCCGACAAAGCAAAGACGGCUGAGGAUAAGGAGGUAGCCUGCAAGUGCCUGAAGAAGAUUUUCAAGACGCCUAUGCUGAACUUGGUGGAGAGCCGGUUGAACGUGAUUCCUGAAAACUGCAGAGUCAACGUUCCUUUCAAGCUCUCCAAGAAUCUUCAGUGUAAAGAGUACGUAAACUAGUUGAGUUCAUUAUAUUGCUUUUUUUUUUGGGUUAACUCGAUCGUUACUAUUAUAGACUUCACCUAAUCAAUUAAUUGCAUUUAU